GUACCAGCGUGAACGGUGUCGCGUGCGGAGGUGUGGUGUCUGCUGUGCUGUGCUGUGCGGGCUGACUCUACUCGCGGCUGCAGGAGGAUAGAACAGCACGCACUCAAGCCUCAGAGAUGAUCAGCCUCCUGCACACUGGCGCCGUACCCUUUGGCUGCACCGCUGACAUGAGUGACAGUAGUUCCCUCCCAUAUCACCGCCCGGAGCCUGCCAUGAACGCCCUCGAGAUAGACUGGCUGGAACACUAUCACCACCACCAUCACCACCAUCAUCAUCACCACCACCACCAUCAGCGCUUGGAUGUAUAUGGCCCCAGACUGCUGCCUGACGUCAUUCCGAACCACACGCCGCCACCCUCACCCCUGCGACGCUCCCACUCCUGCCUCGCCUUCUUCCCCGAAAAGCUCCCAGCUCAGACGGUCGCCACGCCGCCAGGCACCGAGGGCGGUGCUGAAGGUAUGCCGAUACGGGCGGGGCCGAGCCAUAGUGAGGAGGGGCGUCGGGCGCAGGUGCACAGCGAUGCCCAUGACGCCACGCACCUGUCCCACCUGUUGGAGCCCCUACCCCGCCCCCGCAGCGCCGCCCACCACCACCACCACCACCCGCGCCGCCGCUACCAGGGGAACGAGGAGCCCCGGGCAGGAGGGGAGGGCGGGGAGCGGCAGAGGCUGUGGCGGCACGUCGGCGGGGACCUCCGCAAGAUUGCUGAUCAGUUUCAGUCCAACAGAUGUGCGGCCCGCACGCAGGUCACCGUGGCAGCCAGCAGACUGCCGGUGACUUUCUACACGUGUCUGGCCGGCUCCCUCCUCUGCCUCGUGUUUUGGCGGCUCAACAGCGGCUCCAGCUAAGGACGAGGCGGGCACCCUCGCCGCCGCCCAUGGCCAGACGCAUGCGAGACCUUGUUCGUGAUCCUCAGUGUCUAGCGUCUCUCAACAGCUCCUGCAGGACAGACAGACGGCGUUGGCGGCCACCAGUCGCUUUGAUUGCAUCCAGUUUCAAAUUCAACAUUUUUCAGACUGUAAACAUGUGCCUUUAAGUUAGGAGAGACAAGGCUUCAUUUGGAUAUUUUCCCAUGCUUGUCCUGAGGGACGCUGGGCAGUGUUCUUGUGUUCGUCCCCAGUGCCAGGUGUCCCGAGUCCCUUCUGGUGACGCGGGGGCCAGCAUGCGGGAUUGUUAUGUCUUAUAGUGUAGUGUACAUUCGUAGUGAUUAAGGUUCUUGAUGGUUAAGCGACGUGUGUGGGGCGUCUAGGUCUGUGCGGCGCGGUGUUCCGUUCCGCCGCGCAGACCCAGCUCACUGCCCGCUGUCUUUCACUAUGGAGGGAAGUCUGACGAACGCUCGUAAGGAGAGGAUGAAGAAACGUAGAAAAAAAUAUACUAAGUUAAAGGAAGCAGUUGAUUCAUGAUUUACAUAAAUGUACUCUAUAGAAAGUACCCGUUCAGACAAGGCUUCAGAAACUCUUAUUUCUUCAUCUUUGAGAGUGUUUGGAUUUCUACGAUUAUAUAUAUAUAUAUUUUUUUUUUUAUGGAACGCUUCUUGCUGGAAUAGUUGGGUGGCUCGUCUUGGAGGGACCACCUUGCAGCGUGCCGGGGCGGUGGGUCACCUGUUGGCCCCUGCGUCUAGGCGGAGCAGCCCCGCCAGGUGUACACACUGCCCGUAACGCUGCGUAAGGGUCGUGUCGGUCUUACUGGCUGCAAGCACUCGUGGUGUUGCUCAAUGCUGGACUACCCACAGUCUUUCAGGGCCACGUUCUCCUUCCCCCUCAUCCCGCUCCCCCGCCUCAUACUACAAGUCUUUCAGGGAGGUGGAAGUGUUUCCCAGUUGGUGUAAAUGUCUUUCAAGGUUUAGUUGUAAGGUGGACCGGGAAACUCGUCCUCCUCCCCGCCCCUCAGGGCAGCCUUAGACUAGGGACUCUAUUCUCAAACGCUUUGGCUCUUGUUACGACACAUUUUAAAGGCCACAUGAAAGCUGAAUCGGCUUCUCAAUAGUUUUUCCUCUUCAAGGCUUAGAGAUCUUGCAAAACUACCGUCAGAGACAUGAAACCACCCAUGGAAAUGGCUACAACUUCUACGAGAGCCUCCUUCAACAGAUAUACUGAGGCAUCGAGGCGUUUGAGAAUAUGGGUCCUGGUCGGUCUGUCCUAAUCCCUGGCUGGCCCUCGAGGGAACAUUUUGUUGGUCUGUACACCGAAUCUCAUAGAGGUAUAACGCUGUGGUUCCGUGUAGUGAUCGAACUCUCCAUAAGCAGAUGUGUAUUGUAGGACUAACACUAGAAUGUUCGUUUUUUUUUUUUUCUUUUUCAUAUUGUCAAAAUUUAUCUGAAAAACCUUUAUUUCAAUUUCUGUAUGGUGAUGGCGAGCUCUGUAUGGAGAGGCUUUUGUCGGUAUUCUUGAACGCCCUGACUCCCACAUCAACGAUUUUCACGGGGCGCAAAGAAGAUUAAUUGGGCACUAAUAAGUGUUUUUUUUUUUUUAUUUUUUUUUAUUUUAU